CUGGAACUUACAGGAGACUGGGACCCUGUUAAUAGCUAUUAAUUUUUCUAUUGAUUUAUGUAUUAUACAGUAUUUUUGACAGUUAAAGUCAUUUCAGUACAAGGAAAAGGAAAUAUUUGGAAUGUUGCUGCAUAAUUUGACAUUUUUCUGUAUUUUGAUCAUCCUAGUGCAAUCACACCAGGAAGAAAAGGAUCUCUUUCCAAAAUUGAAUCUUCGAAGUAAAACCCUUCCUGAUGUCCAAGCUCAGGCUGCUUCCGAUGUCAUUUCAAGAAUUCUUCCACCAGAUCGAGCAUUGCAGUUCAAGGUGUCUGUCGAUUCUGACAUCGGCCCAGCAGAACUUACCUCAUACAAGUUUUCCUCUGAUGGUAAAACUGUUCAUAUCACAGGGACAUCCGGUGUUGCUGUAGUCUGGGGAUUCCAUCAUUAUUUGAAACAUUAUUGUGAUUGCCACAUUUCAUGGCAGGGCAGGCAACUGAACUUGCCCACUUCUUUUCCAGUGGUAGAUCCAGAAGUCUUCAUAACGAGCCCUAAUAAGGUACGUUAUUACCAGAAUGUUUGUACCGUCAGCUAUUCAUUUGCAUUCUGGAAUUGGACAAGAUGGGAAAAGCACAUAGAUUGGAUGGCCCUGAAUGGUAUCAACUUACCAUUGGCUUUCACAGCACAAGAAAGCAUCUGGGAAAAAGUGUACUUAAAGUUAGGCUUCACACAACAAGACCUAGAUGUGCAUUUUGGUGGGCCAGCCUUUUUGGCAUGGACUAGAAUGGGCAACAUAAAUGGUUGGGGUGGUCCGCUGCCAUCCCAGUGGCAUUAUUAUCAACUGGACCUUCAACAUCGCAUCCUGAAUCGAAUGCGUUCACUUGGAAUGAUCCCAGUGUUGCCUGCGUUUGCUGGACAUGUGCCAAAUGCAAUUACACGAUUGUUUCCAAAUGCUUCUGUCACAAGGCUUAGAAACUGGGGUCAUUUUUCUGACCCUUAUUGUUGUACCUAUCUAUUAGAUUCGCAAGACCCGCUGUUUAAGAAGAUUGGCACUGCGUUUGUUGAAGCAAUGAUAGAUGAAUACAAUGGAACAGAUCACGUAUACAAUGGAGACUUGUUCAAUGAAAUGACCCCAUCAUCAAGUGACCCGAACUACCUUUCCGCGGCUAGCCGUGGUGUAUAUGAUGCCAUAGUAUCCGCUGAUCCCAAAGGAGUCUGGCUGAUGCAGGCUUGGUUAUUCACUAAAGGAACAUUCUGGACUCAGGAGGCUAUUAAAGCUUUUCUUGGUGGUGUACCAGAGGGUAAGCUGAUCUUGUUGGAUCUUCAGGCAGAAAGCCAGCCAGUAUACAACAGAAGCCAUUCAUUCUUUGGCCAGCCUUUCAUCUGGUGUAUGCUGCAUAACUUUGGCGGCAACUCUGGGAUGUAUGGUAUGCUUGAGGCUGUCAACCAGGGUCCCUUUGAUGCAAUGGAAUACAGUGGUAGUAGUAUGAUUGGCACCGGUUUAACACCAGAAGGAAUUAAUCAGAACUACAUCAUGUACGAUUUUAUGACUGAUCUCAUGUGGAGGACGGAAUCUGUUGAUAUACAAAAAUGGAUAACAAAUUAUGCUUUACGACGCUAUGGAUCUCACUCGGCUCCAGCAGCCCAAGCACUGUUGCUACUUGCUAAGUCUGUUUACAACUGUACAGAUGCUCACGAAAACCACUGCAAGGCUGUAGUUGUCCAGCGCCCUCAGGAACAAAUGUCUCAAAAUAUAUGGUAUAGUGUAAGUGAUGUGACAGAAAGUUGGCAGUUGAUGCUUCAAGCUGUAGAGGACAUCCAGGCUUCAAGUCUAUUCAGGUAUGAUAUUGUUGAUGUGACACGUCAAGUUCUCCAGGAUGUUGCAUAUUCUUUUUACAAUGAACUCAUUGAUGGAUAUCAGGCCAAUAAUUCUACAGCAGUAAAAACAUAUGGAGAUAAAUUACUUGACUUGUUAUUGGACAUGGAUGCAAUUCUAUUAUCACAUGAGGACUGGUUGCUAGGGAGAUGGCUUCUUGCAGCCAAACUUCUUGCUUCUAAUGCAAAGGAUCAGAAACUGUAUGAAUUCAAUGCCAGAAACCAGAUUACUUUGUGGGGUCCCAAUGGUGAGAUUCUUGAUUAUGGAAACAAGCAAUGGGGAGGUUUACUUAAAUCAUAUUAUUAUGACCGAUGGAAGCUGUAUAUAGAUACGUUGCUAAUUUGCAUCGAGACUCAACAGAAAUUAAACCAAACAGCCUUCAAUGAGGAGAGCCUUGAGCAGGGUAGAGCAUGGACCAAAGAUACUACUAUCUACCCAACACUACCUACAGGAGACUCUAUUAAAAUAUCAAGACAACUCUUCAACAAAUAUGAACGAUACUUCAAGGCAACAACUCAAAUGUUUAACCAGGAAAUUAGUUUAAGGAACAGUAAAGAGACCAAGUACGAGUUGCUAAUCAGCAACCAUAAAUAGUCUUAUUGAUUCCUGUAGGCCAUUGCUCUUUCUAAAACCAUAUCAUGUGUCAAAAAAAGAAAAUUACCUCAUAGAAACAAUAUUUCUUGAUCAGGUUUCUGUAUUAUUAAUAAGAUUGUUACAUGUUCAACAAUUGUUUCCUUUAUUUGUUCUAAAAAGAAUAUACCUGUACAGUAGUGUUAUUUGUUGUUCAAAUUUUUAUCUUUUUAGUUUUAAUAUCUUUUAUAAAAAUGUAUAGUUUAAUCCAAGUACAAAGAGUCUCAAUACAUCGUGUUAUUGAAAAUAAAGAAAUCUUGAAUCUUGAACCUUCAA